UUUUCAUUCAAUUUAGUUAACAUUCAGGAAAGCAUGCAAGGGACAUUUUUUGCACUGGCUGGAUGGGGGUUAAACUGGACACAGGUGGUCACCCGAGACUAAAGUAUACAUUUCUAUUCAUAUAUACAUACCAGACAAAUCAAUAGAAAAAACUUAAAUAAUAAUCAACAAAUAGAAAUUUUAGGUGUUUUCCAUUUUAAUUUCUGUUACGUUCGUAAAAUGUAGAUUAGGAAAUGAGAAUUAUGUAGCUAUUAUAUUCUGUUACUAAUAAAGCAUUAAACAUUGUGGUUCAAAAGCUUUUUGACUUCUAAGCAUCAACAUCUGUAUUCUGCUUCUGGACAUUUUAUGAUGAAUUUAUUUCCAUAAUCAGUUAUAACUUAGCGCUUCAAGACAACUUCCACCUUUAAAGCCAAGCCAAUCACAAACCACUGUUCAGAUCAGAAUACAUUUUAUCCUCAUUGUCGGUGAACAACAUUCACAAACUACAAAAAUGCUUUGGCAAUACACUGCAAAACAAUGAAAAUAUAAUUACAUUACAUUUAAACUAAUGAAAUAAAAUAAAGUAAUGCAAACAAUAACAUGUUAGACAGAAAUACAUUUUGACUGAAUAUAAAUACAAAAUUUUCAGUAUGAACAAGACAUUUUUAAAUAUUUUUAGAGAUAAUACUUUGCUGUAAUAAUACCAUAUGUGCAUUGUGCAGACAUUAAAGGUUCACUUCCAUUUCAAAACAGAAAAAGGUGCAUUAUAUAACUAUGUAACUGUGGAGGGUCUGACUACUUGUUUUCAUGGAGGUGCUACGCCAUUUGCCUGGAAUGUUCCACAGUAUGGCAUUAAAUCUAUCUCUAUGGAGACAAGCAAGUGAUACAACCAGGCCAAGUUACGGGUCAUAUCAGAGGGUCCCCACUCACUGUAAUAAUGUAUGUUUUGCAGGUAUUUUGGAGCAAUGAAAUACACUUGUAACUGAAUAAAUUUAAUAUUGAUCGCUUAAUUUAAUAACAGUAAAACUAUCACAAAAUUAGGCAUUUACUGUUUAGACAGUAACAGCUGUAGGUUAAGGUCCCCAGAGAGUGUAGGUGUUGAAAAAUAAAACGGGUGAGAGAAUGGCCCAAUCAUAGGUGUUAAAAAACAAGUCCUGAUAUUUUUAUUUUAUUUUACACUGUAUUUGUUUAUAGUUAUACAUGCAUUUAAAAAAUAUUUUUCUUAACUUUUAAACGCUAAUAAUACUUAACUUAUUAUAAAAUUGAUCGGGAUUUGUUGAGGGUAUUGUAUAGUAUAGCAUCAGUUGUUACAGUUAUCUGUCUGGGGAGUUAAUUAGCAUACCCCUCUAAUUAAAAACCAUUGCAGUUUUAGUCAGAGUAUCUUAUUCCUGGUGAAGCUGCUUAAGGACAGUGCACAAUGACUCUAUGGAGCCUCAGCCUCUUUAGCUUACUUUUAUUAUCAGGUAAUGGCAAGUAACCUCUUUAUGAAUGAGUGCUUUGUAGAUAAGACUGACUUUGCGUAAUGUAAUGUAAUUUAAUGCUAUUUUACUGUCUUUUUAAUGUUAUUUACUUAUUUUGUGACUGUAAUUGUGGAUUGAUAAUGAUGCUUUGUUUGCCAGCGUCUUUGUGUUCAAGUAAACUAACGUGUCAGGAGGGGCACAGUGGUCCGACCUAUGAGUCCAUGCAGGCUGUGUUUGACCUUCAGGCUUUUCGUCCUGCAGUGAACCUCAGUAACCCCACCAUUACCAACAUCUCAUUCACGCUCUAUGCAGUCCUAGGAGUGAAUGAGAAAGCACAGAUCCUCACCACUUUUCUCUGGCUUAGAUUGUAUUGGCAACAUGAGUUUCUAAUAUGGGAUCCAGACGAGUGUGAUGGCGUUACAAGGAUCUCUCUCCCUGUGAAGCAGCUGUGGUCUCCAGACAUCAUUGUUUAUGAAUUUGUGGACGAUGACGUGUCCCAGGCCUGUCCCUUUGUCUACGUCAACCACACGGGACAUAUCCGCUGGGACAGGAUGCUUCGACUCGUCUCCGCCUGCAACCUGGAAAUCUUCAGUUUUCCUUUUGAUGUUCAGAACUGCACCUUUACGUUUGGCUCCUACAUGCACACCAUCCGAGAUGUGAGGGUCAGCCCUGCUCUCACUUUCAAGGAGAUGUCUGGAAACUCCAAGCGUUAUCUGGAGGCCAGUGGAGAGUGGGAGCUGGUGGACAUCCUGGGUGAGACCUCCAUCCUGCAGUUUGGCAUCGACGAGUGGGACAUCAUCACCUUCUGGGUGGUGAUCAAACGUCGUCCAGUUCUGUACGUGGUAAACCUCCUGAUCCCCAGCUCUUUCCUCAUGAUCAUCGACAUCUUGUCCUUUUACCUGCCUCCACACAGUGUGGACCGUGCCUCCUUUAAGAUGACCCUCAUCUUGGGCUACACCGUCUUCCUCCUCAUCAUGAAUGACCUGCUGCCCAGUACAGCCAAUGGCACACCCAUAAUAGGUAUCUACUUUUCUGUUUGUCUGGCCCUGAUGGUGAUAAGUUUGCUGGAAACUGUAAUAAUCACCAAUGUUCUCCACCACAACUCCAUGAAAUACAAGGAGGUCCCAAACUGGGUCAGAAUAGUUGUCCUCAAACAUAUUGCUCGUCUCAUCUGCUACCGCUGGCCAGAGGAUGUACCACCUGCUACAAAACAAGAAGAAGAAAAACCCAAUAAUCUUAACUGCACACCCCCCCAAACAGUCAUCCAAACAGAAAACAACGUGUCUGUCUCACACCCACCCAGCAGCUAUGGAGGUGUAGUCCUCCCUGAACUCCAGCAGAUCUGUCAGUAUGUGGGGGACCUGAGAUCACACCUCCACUCGCUGCAGAAGGAGAGCGAGCUACAGGACCAGUGGUGUCACGUUGGCUAUGUUCUAGACUUCCUCCUCUUCAGAAUCUACCUCCUCCUCAUCUCCUGCUAUGCCAUGGUCAUCAUUUGUAUGUGGUGCAUCUGGAUAAGCCAGGAUUAGACAAGCUAAUUAAGAAAAAAAAAAGCACAAAAUCAUAUACAAUUUAAAGGAACAAUAUUCUGCUAUUUUCUGAUCAAUGUUAUAAUGUUGUUUCCUCAUCACAAACAUAUCCCGCUAUGUUUAGUUUCAUUCACACGUUUAACACACAAACCCUGCAUAUUUAGGCUAAGUUCUUUUCUCAGAUUGGAAACACUCUGUUCUACCGUGUGAGGUGUUUUAAAACUCCAUACACCUUCACUAGAAUCAUUAGGAUGAUUGGAACUGUCAAUUUCUACUCACCUAAAGGUAAAAGGUAGCUGCUAAAUUGAAAACUACCACUUCAUGACAUCACAAGGUGAAACUGAGCAUUUUGAGCACUGUAGAGAUAUGUUUUUGAUGUGGUAACAACAUUCUAACAUGGCUAUUUUGUGUAAUAUAGGACAUUUAAGAAAAACUGUGCAAAGUCAUAUAAAAUUUAACAGAUAAAAUAAAA